UGAUGAUGUUAUACGUUUUUUUAUUGGUAAAACGACACACAAUCCGAUUUGUGUAAGAAAAUUCAUGCCGUUUUCGUUCACUUCAAAUAUGGGCCCAGAAAGGCCCAAACAUCUCAUCAAGUCCUCACGGCGUCGUUUUUAAGAUCCCCGCUGCGUUGAUUUAUGGCGAUCUCUUUCGGCGGUUGAAAACCUUUGAAAAUUGAAAAUGGAGAAAUCGACCUCUCCGGCGACUCGAGUCACCGAACCUCCUCCUGCUGCUACUUCAUCUCUUCCAGCACAAGCUCCUCCGCUUCCUACAUCUGCAGAUCAGAGAUCAGCUGAGUUACCUUCGCCUGCUCAGCCAGCUCAGAUGACUGCGCCUCCGUCGACAGUUACCACAGAUCCGUCGUCCAGGGGAAGAAAGCGAGCGCUGGAAGCGAAUCUUCAGAUCGAGAGCUCCAACUACUACAAGAUGCGUCUCCUUGUCAAAGAUCUUCGCCCUCACGUUCUCGAGGUUUUACGAACUCCAGACUUGAGGAACUCUAAGGCAGUUAUCGAGAUUCAAGAGAAGAUGAAGCUUAUGCUUCAACUGUACGAAGAGAUGAUUGGAGAGUCUCCCAAACGUGAGAAAACAGCUAAGAGCGACUCUUUAUCCAACGGAAAGGCGACUACUACUACUACUACUACUACUAGUGUACUGAGAUCAUCUGAAACUGAGAAGCACAGCUCUGAUGGAGAUGGCGACAAGGUGGUUGGAGGGUCGGCAUUUGGCUGGAACUUCAUAACCUCUGGAGGGCCAGGCACUGAACCUGUUUAUUCUGGAAUGUCAAAGGAAGAAUACAGAAGCUCUCACCCAAUUAUGCAAGUGGAGGCAGAGCUUGAGUUGCCCAACACAUUCUAAGCUUUGUUAGUGGUGUUUGUAUAAUAUUAUUCACUUUGGUAUCCGUUCAUCCCAAUGUUUUAUAUGUAUCAACUGAAACAAUGGAUUAGCUUCUACCCAUGAAGCCUUAAUUAGUACACAAUAUGCUUAACAUCUAAACCUUUUUUUUUACACAAUAUGCUUAAUGAGACAGCACAUUACCUUUGGAUUGUUAAUCAAAGCUUCUUCAUCUUCUACCAAAACCCAAAAUAAUAAGUCUUUAGUUCUGUGUGGAAGCUGAAAUCUUUCUGGCUUCAAGAAUGGAUCCUUCGGUAAGUGCGAUUUGAGAUUCCUUCUCC